CCAUUCCCUUUCAGUCCAAAGGCAGAGCCAGAGCCUGAGAAGAAACCAGAGCACUUACCAAGGAGCCAUGGGGAUGUUGGAUUCCAGAAAGAGCCUGUGGUCCCAGGCAUUGUGGAUUUUGAGUUGAUCCAGGAAGAGCUGAAGACCUCUAAGCCCCAAACACCAAGUGCCUAUCGCUUUGGACGCCUCAGCCACCAUUCUUUCUUCUCCCGGCACCACCCCCAACCACAGCAUGUGACACACAUCCAAGGUAGGACCAAGAUGGAACAUAGACUAGAUGUCACUGUCAGGCUCCAGAUGGGAAGGAGUCUACCAGGCCCCCGACUCACAGAUUUUAUCUCCUCUGCAGAUCUCACUGGGAAGCCUGUCUGCGUGGUCAGGGACGAGUUCUCUUUGGCACCCUUGACUCAGUCUGCACUCUUAUCCAGCUCUCUGAUGGGGAUGCCCACAAUCUCUGUCCCUAUUGGGGACCCACAGUCCAAUCGGAACCCUCAGCUUUCUUCUGACUCCUCCUGGAAGAAGAAUCUAAAGGACCUAGCUUCCCGAGUGGCUGUCUUUACUAAGGAAAUGGAGACAAGGACCAACGAGCUGAAGGAAGAGCCUCCUCUGAGGGAACAGGGUGCAAAGUACUCAGCUGAGACCGGUAGGCUUAUCCCAGCUUCCAGCCAGGCCCUCAGCCGCCGCAGCCGCCAGGGCCAGCGGGGCCACCCUGCUGGCAGAGAUGGAGGAGCCCAAGCCUCCAUUCUACAGGACCAGGAGCUGUUGAUCUUGGAGCUUCUUUGUCAGAUUCUACAAACGGAUUCUCUAAGUGCUAUCCAGUUCUGGCUGCUUUAUGCUCCACCAAAGGAAAAAGACCUGGCACUGGGCCUUCUGCAGACAGCGGUGGCUCACCUCAUCCCCAACUCACUCCCCUCCAUCCCAGAAGAGAAGCUCUUGAACCAACUCCAAGAGCUUCAAGAACCUCCUCAAGAGACACAACAGGCAACCUACAGUCCAUCCCUGAAGAAGACGAAGACACCACCUUUAUCCAAGACAGAAAAGCCAGAGUCCAUGGGCAAAGCUCAAGUCCUCCGCUUGCAUCCCAGUGAGGACUCAGAGGAGAAAACGACCAAGUCAAAGGCUGAGAGCUGAAGAGCACAGCCCAGAGCACAGAGAUUUCUGCCUAGCUCAAAGGCAGCUUCUAGACUUGGGGAGGAGGGCUCCUCUCCUUCCACAUCAACACCAGCCCCUGGUCUCCAACCAUACUCUACUAAAUAAAAGGCUGCCUUCCCUGAAUGAGGACAGUUCAACUCUCC